AUGCCACGUCCUCCUAUACAUAAAACAAAUGAGGCUAAACUACAAGCCGCUCGUGAAAAAUCCCAGCGCCACUAUGCGAAAGACCGUAUCCUCAAAAGACGGCGAGAACUUCGUGUUGAAAAAAUUAAACCAACAUGGGAGACCCGACUGUUUGAGAAGGCAGUUGCAAGAGCCUUGAAAAGCCGUGACGAUGAAGAUGAGAGUGACCCUGAGCUGGAGACUGAUGAAUCUAGCGAUGAUGAGAAUGACACACCAUAUGUUUUAUAA